AUGACUAUAUCGUUGAGCAACAAAAAAAAAAGAGACUAUGCCAAAAUCUCUGAUGAAAUUUCAACUGAAACAUCGCCAGUAAAAAGGAAACAGUUGGAAAGCGCCCCCGGAGACCAAGAGGAAGAAUACACAGACCAUGAGAUCAUCAUAGAACCCUUGCAUUUUGCCAAUAAUAAUAACGCCGUGCUAACAGAUUCAGAAAAUUAUCUAAGAUGGCAAAAUACAAUCUCCAAUGUUGUGAAAUCAGUGGUUUCUAUUCAUUUUUCACAAGUCGCUCCAUUCGAUUGCGAUUCAGCUUUAGUUUCUGAAGCUACCGGAUUUGUAGUGGACGCGAAGCUGGGUAUUAUUUUGACCAAUAGACACGUUGUUGGGCCUGGUCCCUUUGUGGGUUACGUAGUUUUUGAUAACCAUGAGGAGUGUGAUGUUAUACCAAUUUACAGAGAUCCGGUUCACGAUUUUGGAUUUCUAAAAUUUGAUCCAAAAAAGAUAAAAUACUCUAAGAUCAAAGCGCUAGCACUAAAACCAAGUUUGGCUAAGGUCGGCUCAGAAAUCAGAGUUGUUGGUAAUGAUGCCGGUGAGAAAUUAAGUAUCCUAGCAGGUUUCAUAAGUAGGAUCGACAGAAAUGCACCAGAAUACGGAGAGCUAACAUAUAACGAUUUUAAUACUGAGUACAUCCAAGCAGCUGCUUCUGCAUCCGGAGGUUCAAGUGGAUCUCCAGUGGUAAAUAUAGACGGAUAUGCAGUGGCUUUACAAGCUGGCGGUUCUACAGAAGCAUCCACUGACUUUUUUUUACCUUUAGAUAGAAUUUUGAGAGCAUUAAUUUGCAUUCAAACCAGCAAACCUAUCACACGUGGUACGAUCCAGGUUCAAUGGUUAUUAAAGCCCUACGACGAGUGUAGAAGGUUAGGUUUGACUUCUGAAAGGGAAAGUCAGGCUCGUGCUAAAUUUCCCGAGAAUAUUGGGCUCUUGGUGGCCGAAACCGUUUUGAGAGAAGGCCCCGGUUAUGAUAAAAUCAAAGAAGGUGAUACUCUAAUUUCAAUAAAUGAUGAGACUAUAUCUUCCUUCAUGCAAGUAGAUAGGAUCCAAGAUGAAAAUGUUGGGAAGGAAAUCAAGCUAAUUAUUCAAAGAGGUGGUGUCGAACAUACCAUUGUUUGUAAAGUUGGUGACUUACACGAUAUCACCCCUCAUCGUUAUGUAGAGGUUUGUGGUGCCACUUUUCAUGAACUAUCAUAUCAAAUGGCAAGAUUUUAUGCUCUACCUGCCAGAGGUGUAUUUUUAAGUAGUGCAUCAGGGUCCUUCAACUUUGAUUCAAAGGAAAGGGUGGGUUGGAUUGUAGAUUCCAUAAAUAACAAAGAAACACCUGAUUUGAACACAUUUAUUGAAAUUAUGAAAACUAUUCCGGACCGUAAGCGUGUUACUGUACGAUACCAUCACCUGACAGAUCAGCAUUCUCCACUUGUUACAUCUAUUUACAUUGACCGCCAUUGGUGCAAUGAAUUCAGAGUUUAUACAAGAAAUGAUACAACCGGUAUUUGGGAUUUCCAUAAUGUUGCGGAUCCACUUCCUGCUGAGCCAUUGAAACCUCGUUCGGCCAAAAUUAUCCCUAUUCCUGUCAAUAAUGAAAAAAUUGCGAAGUUAUCGUCAUCUUUGUGUACAGUGGCGACAAUGGCAGCAGUUCCACUGGAUUCACUUUCCGCUGAUAUUUUGAAGACAUCUGGUUUGAUUGUUGAUGCGGAAAAAGGUUAUGUCCUUGUUUCUAGAAGGGUAGUCCCACACGACUGUCUUGAUACCUUUGUUACCAUUGCAGAUUCGCUUGUAGUACCGGCAACAGUGGAAUUUCUUCACCCAACUCACAAUUUUGCUAUUGUGAAAUACGAUCCAAAAUUAGUAAAGGCUCCAUUAAUUACCCCCAAAUUGUCUACCACAAGAAUGAAACGUGGUGAUAAGCUUCAAUUUAUAGGUUUUACCCAGAAUGAUAGAAUCGUGACUUCAGAGACAACUGUCACCGACAUUUCCUCUGUUAGUAUCCCAAGUAACCUAAUUCCGAGAUAUCGUGCUUCUAACUUAGAAGCUAUUUCUAUUGACUGUAAUGUUAGUACUAGAUGUAAUUCUGGUAUUUUAACAGAUGACGACGGUACAGUAAGAGGUUUGUGGCUUCCAUUUCUAGGCGAAAGAUUAGAAAAUAAAGAGAAAGUUUAUUUGAUGGGCUUAGAUAUAAUGGAUUGCCAGGAAGUUAUAGAUAUUUUGAAGAAUGGUGGCAAACCAAGAGUAAGUAUAGUCGAUGCUGGAUUUGGUUCUAUCUCCGUUUUACAAGCUAGAAUUAGAGGAGUACCAGAAGAAUGGAUAAUGCGUAUGGAACAUGAAUCAAAUAAUAGAUUGCAGUUUAUCACUGUUUCCAGAGUUUCUUAUACAGAAGAUACAGUUCAUUUAGAGACCGGUGAUGUUAUUUUAUCUGUAGAUGGUAGGUUGGUUACUGAAAUGAAUGAUUUGAACGGAGUUGUAAGCUCAGCUGAUGGUAUUCUACCGCCAGCUAUACUGGAUUUCAAAGUUGUUCGUGAUGGUAACAUUGUUGAUCUGAAAAUCAAAACUGUAGAAGUUCAGGAAACUGACCACUUCGUAAUAUUUGCAGGUAGCAUCUUACAAGAACCACAUCAUGCAGUUUUACAAGCCAUGGUUGAUGUUCCAAAAGGCGUCUAUUGUACUUUCAGAGGAGAAUCGUCACCGGCACUCCAAUACGGUAUAUCUGCUACGAACUUCAUUACACACGUCAAUGAAAUUGAAACACCUAAUCUAGAUAUAUUUUUGAAGGUUGUCAAAACUAUUCCCGAUAAUAGUUAUUGUAAAAUGAGAUUAAUGACUUUUGAUAACGUCCCCUUUGCUAUCUCACUGAAAACAAAUUAUCACUAUUUCCCAACUGCAGAAUUGAAGAGAGACAACAUCACACAUAAGUGGAUUGAAAAGGAAUUUACCGGUAACAGCCAGAGCGAAAAAUAG